UUAGCCGCUGCGAUUUUCUCCGCAUCAGCGAAAGAAAGGGCUGGCAAAUUAAGUAAGGACGAUGAAAAUGACCGGAGGAGGAGAGCCAUUUUCAGAGUACUUGAAUUACAGUCACCAAAACAGGAAGUGCCGCAGCCCUUUCAGAUCAGCUUCCGGUUGCCGUGAAAAAAGUCUGUGUAGAUACAUUUCAAAUAGUUUGAAAAAAGAAAAAAACUGGUUGUUAGUUGCAUCUGGGGACCCACAAGAAAGUGUGAGAAUAAUAAUUUGACGGCAGAAUUUCACUUUUAGAAAACAGUGAAUUUAAAUUCGUGUGACAGAGUUUUGUCAAGUUUGUAAAUUGGUAUUGACGCAUAAUUUAGAUUAACUAUCUCGGAGGUAAUUUGUAUUUAUUUUUGAAGCGAUGCUGAGGCUCGCUGUAGAAAGAUAAUUUUCCGACCGUCAUUGAAGGCCUCAUCCAAUCAGCUUCACCUGAGUCUGUAGAACUAACGGCAGCCAGGAUCGAACAAUUAUGCUAACUUUUUAAAACCUGACACGACGAUGUGGAUGUUUGGGCAUCUUGCGUUUUAAAAGUGGGUUUAAGCUCCCAAAAAAGACUUUGUGGUGGAUGUAAUGAUUUAGACGGAGGAAAAGUUUGGAAAUAAAUAGCUGUUUAGUCAACGGCUAGCUUUCAGAAAGUGGCGUCGGUCGUAAAUGUAGGAAAGUUAGGUAGUUUUAAACUGAAUUUGAAAACAUUAAAACACAAUGAAAGAGACGGUGAGCCACCAGCAGGCCCGCCUGCUCCUCCAUAACAAGUUCGUCGUGGUGUUGGGAGACUCCAUUCAGCGCUCUGUAUACAAGGAUCUUGUCGUACUGCUACAAAAGGACCGAUACCUCACUUUAAGACAACUAAAGAGCAAGGGUGAGAUGAGCUUCGAGCUGGACUGCUUGGUGGAAGGAGGCUGUCUGAACCGAAUGAACAAUGGGACCGAAUACACAGAGGUCCGUCAGUAUCAGUCUGACCACCACCUGAUCCGCUUCUACUUCGUGACCCGCAUCUUCUCCAGAUACAUGCAGAGCAUCAUCGAGGACUUCCGGCAGGGUUUGAAACCAGACGUGGUCAUUGUGAACUCUUGUGUUUGGGAUAUUUCAAGAUACAAUCCCAAAUGGGUCGAUGACUACAAGGCAAAUCUUAAGAGGUUCUUUGGUGAGCUGAAGAGUUUCCUACCAGAGGAAACGCUGGUUAUCUGGAAUCUCACCAUGCCAUUAGGAGAAAGGAUCAAAGGUGGCUUUCUGGUGCCUGAGAUUGAGCACAAAGCUCCUCAGCUGCGUUACGACGUGAUUGAAGCCAACUUCUACGGUGGGACUCUGGCCGACAACUAUGAGAUGGAUGUGUUGGACCUCCACUUUCAGUUCCGCUUCUCAUUACAACAUCGAACCAAAGACGGCGUCCACUGGAACGCCAUCGCCCACCGCAGGAUCACCGCUCUUCUGUUACGGCACAUUUCACAAGCCUGGGGUGUGAUGCUGACUGCUGAUGAAGUUCCAGAUCAGAAGUCCAUCUAUGACUGUUCUACAAAAUUUGCAGCUGCUGUGAAUUCGGACAGCUUCAGAGAGGAGUUCACCUCCGAUUCUUUGUCUGGUGCCUUCUUGAGCUUUGAAGAUAAGAGAGAGCCAAUGCCACAUCGCCACGAAAAUGCAGAGAACUUCCUACCUGCCGUCCAGCCGCAGCAGCCCCGGUCGCGCCGCAGACCUCAGCAGAAACAUUACGUACCGCCCAGACAUGGUGUUGACAAUGUGCCUCCGUCCUCCUACUUUGAGCCCUAUGAAGAUUACCACCAGCCCCUCAGUCAUCAGUUCGUGAUGAGGAACCGUCACAGCAGGCCUCACUAUGCCCCCUACACCCAUCACAAACCAGAUCACCGUCCCUUUCAUGGAUAUCAUUACUGAAAUGGAGCUGUUCAAGUGCCACUCAUGUUUAUGCUUUGUUCUCUUCCAUAAACAGGUGUUUUGUAAUUGUGUAAACUGGGGUUUUUCUUUCACCAGGAGCCAAAUAUUUUAAUAUUUGCUUGUAAGUUUUUUGUUUUUGAGCUGUUUUUCCAUUAAAUAUAAUUUCAAGAUGGUAUUAAAGCUUGUUUUUUUAAAUAAACAUUUGUCACAAUAUAAUGCUGUUGAUUUUGUUCCUGAUAAAAACGACAGACAUCUGAGUCCUUUGUAGGCUGCCUUGUUCUCACACCCU